AGCUAUGGAAUUCAUGAAUUGGAGGAAGUUCUGUCUCUUGAAACCUAUCAUGAGAAUCAAUAUAUUUGUAAGGAUAAACUCCUUUAUGACAUACUAGAGAAAUUUGUUUGGGUGAGAAGUCUUUGA